UGUUGACAUAUGCCGUCAAUGACAGCUGACAGCGAUGGCAGUCGAUGGCGUACGCAUAGUACAAUAGAUGCACCUGUGUCGAUCUGUCAAAGGAAUCUCGUGUAUGCUAUAUCGCGUCUCGGGACCUGUCGUACGAUGCACUCGUAGGAGUGGCUUCUCGACGACCCGAGGAAGAAGCGGAUGUGAUAUCCGCGUGUGAUCGCGUGCCUACUCAUACACAUUCACGGAUGUUUACGACUGGCAUGUUAGAUGGAAACGAACGCGGAUGUGACGGAGACGAGGUCCAGGGAGGCUGACACCGGCCUCCCUUCGGCUGACACCGAUCUCCUUAAUUCGGGGAUCGGCGAAUCGUCGUCGUCGCGCGCUGACGACCUAAGGAACGACAACGAGGAGUCAUCGCGUACGACGAACGACGAACCUCGUGCUUCCGACAGCGGUUACGUGAACAUACGCGAGGGCAUCGUUGCUGCGAAUACGUCGCGAGCCAACCCGAUCGCGGAUCGCGAGGUCGACUCGUCGAGAGGAACAGAGGAUCGUCCCAAUGCAUCUCUGACUCCGUUAGCCUUCACCAUCGAUUUCGGUAAUAACAAAGAAGUGGACACGGCUAGGUAUCAAAAUCUGUUCGAGAGAUAUAACGCCAGGCACAGGCGAAACCUCUCUACGUCCAAGGUAGAAGUAAAAUCAAAGAAGCCGAGCAAUAUACUAUCUCCAAACUUGGGACAAAAGCAGAAAGUUCCUAGCACUCAUUCGGAGGGUUACUUCAGUAGUGAGGAUGAUACAAAGCGAAAAACUGACCAAUUAUCAGAAAGACUUAAACAAUUAGGUGUGAGGAAUCCCUCGAGAGCACAUUCUAGCACAAAGACAUUCGGUAAUGAAAACGUAGAUCAUCAGAAUAAGCAAUAUUUAACGAAAUCCACUGAUGGUGAAGUGCGACGCAACAAAUGGUCACCUCACAGUCUCUCUUUAGAACUCGAAUCUAACGAGAACGAAUAUUGGACAUCUCAGAGAUCCGCAACGAUAAAUGAUUUAAGUCGCGUUCAAAUUAGCAAUUACGACGACGAUGAAAAUGAGAAACUGUACACGAAAAAUAUCGAGUAUAUCUCUCACGAGUGCGAGCAAGCAAAUAAUUUCGAAGAUAAUAAAGUAUCUAAUAUGAAUUAUAUUACUGAUGAUUUUAAUAUAAGAAACACAAACGAGAGAGAGACUGCUUUAUCGAGCGUCAGCUACGCGAUGAAUCUAAACACGGAUGAUACCGCGGAUACCAAUCUGGAUGUAUUCAAUGUCAGCAAUGUCGACGCCAGUUCUGACGGUGCAGUGAGCGAGGCUGGGACAUACACGAUUCAUAAAGAUUAUACCGAUGAGGAGAAAGCGAGAAUGGAUAUCGACAAAGUUUUCAGUGUCGGUGUUUUAACGGAAGACGAAAGUAACGAGGCGUACGUUCACAGUUUCAAGAUGAGUGUUUCUCGCGAUAAUAAUGCUUGGAUAUCAGAAUGGGCCACUCAAGUAGCGGAGCACAAUUCGCUUCCUCCGAUAAUAGGCGGUUUGACAGGUCGUACGCCGCCUCUAAGUCCCAAGAUACCAUCGCCGAUUCAUGCUAGAUCUCAAAGAGGAUUACGUAAUCGUUAUGAACAAUCCGACAGUAAUGUGGACAUGGAUUCGUAUAUACGAAUAAAAGAAAGGAUCGGUUUAGUUUCAAAUCAACAUCAAAUUAUAGAUUCCGGCGGUGAAUCCGAUGACGAUACCAGCAAUAGUUAUAAUACGCCGCCUCACAGCUCACAGCGUACACCUGUACAUAGUACCGUAGGUAGACGCAGUAGUUUGUCCGAUUCGUUGUUUCGACGAGUAAAUAGCAACGAAAAUAGACGCAGCAUCCGAAAAUAUCUAAGUUCAGCCAAAUCGAAGACUGCUGACACUAAUGUAGAAUUAUCGAACAGCCCGUCCCAAAUCUUGUCGACUCUUCACUUGGAGAGAAGAAGCAGCUCUCUAGAUAGGAAAGAAUAUGCUUCCGAUACAACGGAAUCUAAUACGUCCAGAAAGAAUAGCAUGAAAUAUAAAGAAGAUGAUUUUAAACACACAAAUAGUCCUGUCUUAAAUCGUUUCAGACCAUCUACGCCAAAAUUGACCAAUAGUCCAAUUGUGAGUCGUAAGGUUGCAGCAACGAAAGUCCUUAAUUCUCCUACUUUAGAAAGAUCUAAGUACUUGACAAAGUCAUCAGAAGCGAAAAAUAUAGGAUAUUUUACAUGUGUUGAAAAUAGUCCAUACAUGCUGAGAAAAUCGAACAGCACUACGAAUUAUCAUGAAAGAACUAGUUAUUUUGAUAAGGACAUAUCUAUUAAAGCGCCUAAUAUGUUACAAAACAGUCCAGAAUUUCAACGACAUCUCAAUAUACAGAGAUCAUCGAGUAACGCGAGUAUUAGAAACAUGAGGUCGCAGAAUUUUGUGUCGCGUCGCAGCAGUUUUAAUAACGACAUUGAUAGAAUAUCAUCGAGAGGAAAAUUUACCGUUGCCUCCGACAGUAGUAGUGAAACUGGUGAACAACAAAGAAAAUCUCCUUUGACAUCAAUUUCAUCUGGAAUCAAGUUAAACAGGGCUUUCAGCAUAAGAAGAGCAAGAUUGAAUUGCGAAUCCGACACAACGCCGAAUACAACCCCCGAGGAAAGACGCAGAAGAGCGCAGUCGGAAGUGAAGACUACAGCCCCUGCGAAUAAGCAACAGACGCAUUAUCAUCGUAUUCGCACAAACAGUGUCGGAGCGCACAAUAAGGAAUCAUCGAAAAAAGCAGAACCAACAAAAUUCAGAGCACCGUCUAGGACUGAUACCGGAAGAUAUAGUAUGAGAGCUCCGAAGUCUACACAUCCUUCUAAUAGCCAAAAUCAAAAACCGAGUAAAGAUCAUAAAAAAUCUGGACGAAGUAAUUCUACUCUCACAUCCAAGGAAGUAGAAUUCCAAAAUUGGAAGAGACGGAAAAGUUAUGAUCCCAUGAAAGCAGCAGCCGAAGGAAGAAAAAAACUAAUGGACAACACGAAGAAACAUCAUAGUACCGAAGAUGGCUCUAACAACCAUGAUAAUUCCGUACUGAGAUCCGCAAGUUUUCAUGGUACAGGAGGUGCUCUUUCAUUAGCGAACGAUUGGUCGGAUAAUGAAUUAGAUUAUCACUAUGAGGAUAAUCAAGUACCACCACCUAGCAGCCCGCAACUUGAAGAAAGCGAUAGUGACUUGGAAACCUCAUCUUAUCUGCAAACCACUCAGAACGUUGUAUCUGCAAUGUCGGCUCGCAUGACGGGGUAUCGUCCUCCGCUGGACUCCGAUAAUGAGAGCGAUGAAGACACAAGUCACAGCCUGCGCCAGAAUAUAUCGAAAGGAUUGCGUCAUCCGAGCGACACCGAGAGCAGCGACGAACGACAUGCUAUGACACAUUCUCCUAUCUCCAAUACUAAAUAUAAUAAAGAAUUUAGUUUGCGUAGUAGAACAAAAUUGGAUCCGCAACGAAUAAAACCUGUGUCUUCCAAUGCGAGCAGAGCAAAAAAUGUAUUGCACGACACACGCAGCAAAUCUGAGUCCUUUUCUAGCGUUAGAACAGAAUCUGGACGACCUGGCGCGCGAAUUAGUAGAGUUUUGAGUAUGGUGCCUAAGAGUAAACCAAAGGAACCAAAAAAGCCGCCGACGCCAAAUGUACGAGAGGUCGAAAUGCAAAAUUGGAAACGUCGCAAGAGCUAUGAUCCCAUGAAAGCGGCGAUGGAAGGACGGAGAAGAGCAGGCUUGGCAAAGAAAAAUAUCAAUACAAAUUUAUCACCGAGCCAUGUAGCGAGAUCGCAAAGUUUUCACGGAUCAGCAGCAUUAGCAGUCAGCGACUGGAGCGAUGAAGAACCAGUUAUAUCCGCAGAUGAAGCCUCUCUUUAUUAAAAUUGUCUCAGAGUUAUUAUAAAAUAAAACAGAUGCAAACAAGUAGCGAAAGUAAUAUAAAGCCAAUUACAAAAAUUCUUGUACAUAAAAUUGCAAGAAUGAAUGAAUUUUGCAGAAUGUUAUACAUAAAAAAUGAGCGCUACUAUAUCUAAAUAUCUAUAAUCUGAAACAAUUUUUAGCAAGAUACAAAUAUGUUAAUCUACUCAAAAAUUUUCUCUGCAGUAUAAAUUUGCGCAUUGAAUUUCGUACGUUUAUAAAAAUUUCUGAGUUUUUAAAAAAUUGUGCUUCCCUUCCAAAGGUGAUACUUAAAAAUUAUAUGCCAAAUUUUGUAAUAUUAAUGUUAGAACAUCUAAUUGCUUGUGUGUGUUUAUUUAAUUUAUAGAAAAAAGACGUUUUUUUUUUCAAUUUAAUUAAU